GGAAUGUCGAUCCGAUCCCAUCCCGAUUUGUUCCCUUGUGUCGGCAUGUGUACUCUUAGACAAACCAAGUGCAAAAUCUCUGUGGUAAAAUACUCUCUGGGGUAUUACUCUAUAGCAUCGAUUUACUGAGGUUAUGUUUAGUGGUUUUUGGAACUGACUGAAGUGAUUGAAUAGAAAGAUUAGUGAAAUUGAUUUUGCUUUUUUAAAAUAAACACUUUGUUUAGUUUUUGCAAGAAGAUACUAGUAUUUAAAAAUGAGACUGACUCUAUUAUUGUUCGAAAACGUUGGUGAAUUAACGAAGAAAUAUGCGAACCUACCAGAAAGAUACAUAAAACGUUCAAUGGAACAGGUGUAUUGGAAGACACCUAAUGCAAUUCAGUACCUACCAAGAACUGUUCAAAGAAAGAAAUUUAGAUUCACAACAAACAGACCUUGGACUUAUCAGUUCUUACAACAGAAUGAACGUGGCACCCACCGAAAGAAAGUUUUUGUUGAACCUAUUCUUGAGUGGUCUAUUUUUCGAGGAGACAGGGUUCAGGUGUUAGUUGGCCGAGACAAGGGAAAACAAGGCAUUGUCUCAAGAGUCAUUCAAGAACGGAAUUGGGUUUUAGUGCAAGGGUUGAAUUGUCAUAUGAGAUUUACUGGGAAAGAUAAGGACUUCCCAGGUGUUGCAGUGUUGUCAGAAGCUCCCCUUCUGGUUACAAACCAAGUUUCCCUUGUUGAUCCUUCAGACUUAUUGCCUACAAAAAUUGAAUGGCGAUUCACUGAAGAAGGGGAAAGAGUGCGUGUCUCAGAAAGAACAGGACGAAUAAUACCCAUGCCAUUAAUGGCUGAUGAAACUCAUGAUUACAAAUCAAAAUCUGCGUACAAAGAAUCGCCUAAAGAUACUGUGGAAAGUGAAUUAACAAAAAUAACUUUCAGCCCUACAUUAAGAACCUUCGAAAUGGAUGUAAUGAAUGAAAUGGAGAAAAAAGAAGAAAAUGUUAUUAAUGUUGCUGAUGUUCCUAGUUAGUUCCUAGAUUUGUUUACUAGGAAUUUAGUAUUUCAAGUGUGUGCAUAUUUCAAAUUCAAUUUGUUAUACAAGCAUAUUGUUAAAUAAGUUUUAAAAAAUUGUACAUUAUUUCAAUAUAAUAAAAGAUUGUAGGCUAUUUAU